AUGUCCGCCGCACAAGACGAAGUCGACCGCCUCCUCAAUCCCAAAGAAAAGGUCUCCUGUCACCCGGAAGACCGUCCUACUUCAGACAACGAUUCAAACCUAUCAUUUUCGGAGGAAGAGAGCCUGACAUUCGUUCACUCCGAUACCGAAGACGAUCCCUCCCCCAACAUGAUUUCAAAAGCCAGCGGCUACCAUAUCCCUACUACCGUCUUCGAAGCGAACACUGGGCCGAAAGGCGUCAUUGCGGAUGCCCAAUCUUUCGAAAGGGCGAAGAAACGCUCAUUCCGUCGCACGUUUAUGAACGUCGCAGGCCUUGAACAUACCUACUACUCCAACUCGACGAAAAGCGAACAGGACACGCAACAGGCCAACGAGGCAUCACCGCCGCCGGAUGAAACUGAAGAUGAACGCUUCAUGCGCCAAUGGCGAGAAGCUCGUAUGCUGGAGUUACAACGCAAAAGCAAGAGACGUGUAAGCCCCAGCAAGCGAAGGUACGGAACCGUAGAGGUAGUUAAUGCAAACGGAUACUUGGACGCCAUCGAGAAGGUGACUCCAGAUACCGUUGUUGUCGUUUGUAUAUACGAUCCUGAAUCCCCCGAAAGCAACAUCGUCGAGGACUGCCUGGCUACCGUGGCCCGGAAACAGGCUACCACUCGAUUCGUUAAACUACAUUAUGAGAUAGCAGAGAUGGAACAUGUUACUCCACCCGCCCUACUGGCUUACAGAAAUGGUGAUGUCUUCGCUACAAUAAUGGAUAUCUUCCAUCAACUUCCCAGUGGACGAGAUUGUAGCUCUGCGAGCCUAGAAGAUCUCCUGAUGCAACACCGAGUUUUCUGA